AUGGUUUUGACUGGGCAUUGGAUUGAUGAUCAUUGGAAGUUUAAUAGACGGGUGUUAAACUUUAUUCAUUUACCUCCUCCCCAUUCUGGUGUUGCCAUUGCUGAUGCAAUUUUCAAGUGUUUGAUGGAUUGGGGAAUUGAAGCUAAGGUCCAUACGAUAUCGGUGGAUAAUGCUUCAAGCAAUGAUGUUGCUGUAAAAGUGUUGAAAGAUAAUUUCCAAGUUAUAGGGAAGCUCAUAUGUGGUGGCAAGAUGUUUCAUGUGAGGUGUUGUGCACAUAUCUUGAACCUGGUUGUUCAAGAUGGUCUUUAUCAGAUUAAACACAUUAUUGAGGACAUCCGUGAUACUGUGUCGUAUAUCAAUUCAUCGGAGAGUAGACUAAAGGUGUUUGCAGAGAUUGUUCAACAGCGCCGAUUGCCAUUUCGCAAACUUAUUCUUGAUUGCAAAACGCGAUGGAAUUCAACAUAUGAUAUGUUGACAACAGCAAUGCAAUUUAGGCGUGUUUUCCCUUGUUUGAAGGAGAGGGAUUUGAGUUAUCAUUAUUGUCCCAAGGAGGAAGAUUGGGAUAAAGUUGAGAAAAUUUGUCCUAUUUUGAAGGUGUUUAGUGCUGCGUCGAAUCUGAUAUCAGGGAGUGAUUAUCCGACAUCAAACUUGUUUCUAAAACAAGUUUGUACAAUAAAAAUUAUGUUGGAUAGUAAGAGUCGGGAUGGAGAUCAGUUUAUACAGACCAUGAUUUGGAAAAUGAAAGAAAAGUUUGACAAAUAUUGGGGAGAAUGUAAUCUAUUGAUGAGUGUGGCUGCUAUUUUGGACCCCAGAUUGAAGAUGAGGGUAAUUGAAUGGGCGUUCCCUAAGAUGUAUUCUCAGGCUGAAUCGCGGGCAAAUAUGGAUAUUGUUCGAGAUGCCUUGUAUGAGGUAUAUAGGGAGUAUGUUGAUGCCAGUAAAGCAUCGACAGCUGCCUGCGCUUCUGCAUCUACAGGGGGUGCAAUUCAGGAGGUUGGUGAGGGGUCAGGGGCAGCGGCAGAGAUGGCGGAAAAUUGGGAUGAUUUUAGUGAGUAUCUGGAUGGGGUUGAGACGGUUGAGCCAACGAAAUCGGAGUUAGACUGUUACCUUGGAGAGGGAUGCCAUAAAUGUGUUGGGGAUGCUACGACAUUUGAUGCUUUGACCUGGUGGAAGGCUAACUCAACAAAGUUCCCUAUCUUGUCUAUCAUGGCUCGAGACAUAUUAGCCAUUCCUAUUACUACGGUUGCUUCUGAGUCUACUUUCAGCGCCGGCAGUAGGGUUAUUGACACAUACCGAUCGUCGUUGGCUCCCAACACGGUGGAGAUGCUCUUAUGUGGAUGUGACUGGAGCAGGACAUUGAAUGGGGUGAAGAAAGGAUGUAAAGAAGAGCAGCAACCGUUGGAGAUCAACCUUCCUAUCCCGUAA